AUGCCGUCCACAAGUGCUUUUUUCGCUGUCAGCGUAGCUGUCGGUUGUGCCUUGGCACGAAAUGUACCUGCAGCUGCCCAGGUCGUGGAUCAGAGGGUCUUCAACGUUUUGGCAUCCGUGCCGCCUCCCGCGAUUGCGAACGACUCCACUUUGUUCAUCUGGUCUGGUGUUACUGCAGAGUCUUUGCUGGCUAAGCCGUUUCACAUCUACGAUGAAGAAUUUUACGAUGUCAUCGGAUCCAACCCUUCCUUGACCCAAAUUGCUUCCUCUGAGUCCGAUCCUAUCUUCCACGAGGCUGUCACAUGGCAUGCUGCCCGCGAUGAAGUAUUCUUCGUUCAAAAUGCCGGUGCUCCUGCCGCCGGCACUGGGCUGAACAAGUCUUCUAUUAUCCAGAAGAUUUCUCUUGCCGACGCAGAGAAAGUUCGCAACGGAACUCUCAAGGCUGUGCCCGUGACUAUCGUCAACACGACCAAUCCUCAGGUCAUAAACCCCAAUGGUGGCACUAACUACAAGGGUAACAUCAUCUUCGCUGGUGAAGGUCAGGGUAGCAACAUCCCUUCAGCGUUGUAUUUGAUGAACCCAGAGGCGCCAUACAACACCAGCACCCUCAUCAACAACUACUUUGGCCGUCAGUUCAACUCGUUGAAUGACCUAACCGUCAGCUCCAAGAAUGGCGAUCUCUAUUUCACCGACACACUCUAUGGUUUCCUCCAGGAUUUCCGUCCUGUGCCUGGUCUGCGAAAUCAAGUCUACCGCUACAACUUCAAGACUGGCGCCAUUACUGUCGUUGCUGACGACUUCACCCUGCCUAACGGCAUUACCAUCUCACCGGAUGGCAACAAGGCUUAUGUGACUGACACUGGUAUCGCCCUUGGCUUUUACGGUCGCAACCUCUCCUCUCCAGCCUCAAUCUACUCGUUCGAUGUUGCCAAUGACGGAACAUUCCAGAACCGCAAGACCUUUGCCUAUAUGCCCUCAUACAUUCCUGACGGUGUGCACACUGACUCCAAGGGCCGUGUUUACGCUGGCGCUGGUGAUGGCGUCUGGGUGUACAACACCUCUGGCAAGCUCAUUGGCAAAAUCUAUACCGGAACUACUGCUGCCAACUUCCAGUUCGCUGGAAAGGGACGCAUCGUGAUUACUGGUCAGACCAAGCUGUUCUAUGCCACUGUUGCUGCCUCUGGCGCCCCGAUCCAGUAA